CUCACUUUAUUUCCCUCCAUUUUUUACAUUUCCAAAAGAUGGCGAGAAUCCUUCCGAGGCUACUUGGUGUGUUAGCCUUGAUGAGCAUAAUGAUGGCUGUUGUUUUGUGUGAUGAUCCACUCCCAGUUAUUCCUUCCUAUAAAGAAUAUCAAGUUGAUUUGGAAUUAUUAAAGAAUGAUAACUCACAAUGUACAACUUAUACUUUCCCUGGUGUUUCGUACUGUAAUUUUGUUUAUAAUCAAUUUAUUAAUGUAGAUAUGCCUCCUUUGGAACCAUCAACAAAACAAGGCGCUGAUGGUGUUCAAGUUUUUGUUACUCCAAAGAUUCCAGUUACCGACAUUCCUAGCUACAAGUAUUUAACACCAAAGCACAUUGAUCAUCACGGUAAUGAAACUGAAUCAAUUUCGAGCUCUGAUCCAGGAUAUGAGGAAAUUAUUACCUAUGAUAACACUGUUGAACCAGCUGUUAAACUUUCACAACUCAAAUUUAACUAUUAUAAGAAUUUUACCAAUCCACAAAGAUUUGAAAUUUCAAUUCUUGUCAUGGGAGUUAUCAAAUAUGUCACCAACACAACUGUUAGUGGUAAAGAAGGCGAUGCUAGAGUUGAUAUUAACACUCUUACAUUCCCUAUUGUUUCAAAUUAUUCUAUCCCAUAUUUGAAUGAAAGUGGUGUUGUUGCAACUCUUCACUUCCCAUAUCCAGGUCUCAGAGGUGCCAAUAUUUCUGUUGCUUCACCAACUAAUUAUAAUGUUCAUCACAUUGACAAGACAUUGACCUAUGUUUUCUCUCAAUCACCUGAGGAAUUAGAAAAGGAACCAAUGAGUGCUUUGAAUGUUAGAUUUUUAGCUCAAUAUCCACCAUGUGAUAUCAUGGAAACUCCAACUAUUGCCAUGUGGGCUACCACAGGUACACUUACAAUUUUGACUCUUUUAGUUGUUAUUUCUAAGGGUCUUUUCCAAUUUUUCCAAACUAAGAGUAGAAGAGAUGGAUACAACCCACAAACUGAUUACUAGAUGAAAAUUCGAAUGUACAUAUAAGUAAUAGAUUAUUGCUGUUUAGAAUAAAUUAUUAAAUUUCUC